AUGGAAGGCAUCAGUGUAAGUAUAUACACUGCAGAUAACUAUUCUGAAGACAUAGGUUCAGGAGACUAUGACUCCAACAAGGAACCCUGCUUCCGGGAUGAAAACGCCCAUUUCAAUCGGAUCUUCCUGCCCACCAUCUUCUUUAUCAUCUUCUUGACUGGCAUAGUGGGCAAUGGCUUGGUGAUCCUGGUCAUGGGUUACCAGAAGAAACUAAGAAGCAUGACUGACAAGUACAGGCUGCACCUGUCUGUGGCUGAUCUCCUCUUUGUCAUCACGCUUCCCUUCUGGGCCGUUGAUGCCAUGGCUGACUGGUACUUUGGGAAAUUUUUAUGUAAGGCUGUCCAUGUCAUCUACACUGUCAACCUCUACAGCAGUGUCCUCAUCCUGGCCUUCAUCAGCCUGGACCGGUACCUUGCCAUUGUCCAUGCCACCAACAGUCAGAGGCCAAGGAAGCUGCUGGCUGAAAAGGCAGUCUACGUGGGUGUCUGGAUCCCUGCUCUUCUACUGACUAUACCUGAUUUCAUCUUUGUUGACGUCAGCCAGGGAGACGGCAGGUACAUCUGUGACCGCCAUUACCCUGACAGCCUGUGGUUAGUGGUGUUCCAGUUCCAGCACAUUGUGGUGGGUCUUAUCCUGCCAGGCAUUGUCAUCUUAUCUUGCUACUGCAUUAUCAUCUCCAAGCUGUCACACUCUAAGGGCCACCAGAAGCGCAAAGCCCUCAAGACGACAGUCAUCCUCAUCCUGGCUUUUUUUGCCUGCUGGCUACCAUAUUACAUCGGGAUCAGCAUCGACUCCUUCAUCCUUUUGGAAGUCAUCAAGCAAGGGUGCGAUUUUGAGAGCCUUGUGCACAAGUGGAUUUCCAUCACUGAGGCCCUGGCCUUCUUUCACUGCUGCCUGAACCCCAUCCUCUACGCUUUCCUUGGAGCCAAAUUCAAAACCUCUGCCCAGCAUGCACUCAAUUCUAUGAGCCGAGGCUCCAGCCUCAAGAUCCUUUCCAAAGGAAAGAGGGGUGGACACUCUUCUGUCUCAACAGAGUCAGAGUCCUCAAGUUUUCAUUCCAGCUAA